CGGGGCCCCCCGGGUCGAGGCGAGGUCAAGGGUCAUAAGGCGGAGGCGCGCCCAAGAUGGCGGCCUCCAUGUGCGACGUGUUCUCCUUCUGCGUGGGUGUGUCGGGUCGGGCUCCGGUCGCCGUGGAAGUCCGAUUCGUAAGCAGCGCUAAGGGAAAGGGCCUAUUUGCCACACAGCUGAUCCGGAAAGGGGAGACCAUCUUUGUAGAACAGCCCCUGGUGGCUGCACAGUUUCUCUGGAAUGCACUUUAUCGCUACCGAGCCUGUGACCACUGCCUUCGGGCACUGGAGAAGGCAGAGGAGAAUGCCCAGAGGCUGACUGGGAAACCGGGCCAGGUUCUGCCUCACCCUGAGCUGUGUGCCGUGCGCAAGGACCUCCACCAGCACUGUCCCCACUGCCAGGUGAUGUACUGCAGUGCGGAGUGUCGGCUGGCGGCCGCCGAGCAGUACCAUCAGGUCCUGUGCCCAGGGCCCUCCCAGGACGACCCCCUGCAUCCUCUCAAUAAGCUACAGGAGGCCUGGAGGAGUGUUCACUACCCCCCCGAGACUGCAAGCAUCAUGUUGAUGGCGCGGAUGGUGGCCACAGUGAAGCAGGCUAAGGAUAAAGAUCGUUGGAUCAGGCUCUUUUCCCAGUUCUGUAAUAAAACAGCCAAUGAGGAGGAGGAGAUUGUCCACAAACUCCUGGGGGACAAAUUCAAGGGCCAGCUGGAACUUCUACGGAGACUCUUCACAGAGGCCCUUUAUGAGGAGGCGCUCAGCCAGUGGUUCACACCAGAUGGAUUCCGGUCUCUCUUUGCUCUUGUUGGGACCAAUGGCCAAGGAAUCGGGACCAGCUCCCUGAGCCAGUGGGUCCAUGCCUGUGACGCUCUGGAGUUGAAGCCUCAGGACCGAGAGCAGCUGGACGCCUUCAUUGACCAGCUGUACAAGGACAUCGAGGCAGCAACUGGAGAGUUUCUUAACUGUGAAGGAUCUGGCCUCUUUGUGCUUCAGAGCUGCUGUAACCACAGCUGUGUCCCCAAUGCAGAGACCUCCUUCCCAGAAAACAACUUCCUUUUGCAUGUCACGGCCUUGGAGGAUAUCAAGCCAGGAGAGGAAAUCUGUAUCAGCUACUUAGACUGCUGUCAGCGGGAGCGCAGCCGCCACAGCCGCCACAAGAUCCUCAGGGAGAACUAUCUGUUUGUCUGUUCCUGCCCCAAAUGCCUGGCAGAGGCUGAUGAACCCAACGUGACCUCGGAGGAGGAGGAGGAUGAAGAGGAGGAAGGAGAGCCAGAGGAUGCAGAGCUGGGGGAUGAGAUGACCGAUGUGUGAUGUCACCCUGCCUGGAAGGGGCCUGCCCCAGACCCUGCAGGAAAAGGGGGACUUCCCCCAGAGAGGAGGCUUGGAAGGAACUCCCCCACUCCCGUUGCCUGCUUCCCCCCCUCCAUUCCAGCUCUGUUUCUGCCAGAGAGUAGUACAGAAGCUGGACCUUAGGCACGCCACCCCCCACUAGACCUCAUGCCCUGGACACUGCUGCUAAGUGGCUCAGGCUCUGCGUGGUCACUGAGCCUCUCAGUGCUGCCCCCUCAAAACACACACACACUGAGGUAUCCACUCCAGUCGGCGAGCAACUCCAACAGAGGUCAGAAACAGUGUUUCUUCCACUUGGCCCCAUGGCCAUGCUUCCCUGUCCACCUGAGGCUUCACCGCUUUCUACCUACUACAGACGGGGGUAACAAGAGAUCGGCCUGACGGCACUGAAGAAAAAAGGGGAGGGGUGAGAUGCCUUCACCUUCUUCCCCACUCCCUUUGUGGCUGCUAAGGCAACUGCCUCCUGCUGGCACAGCUAGGAGAGGCAGGAAGGAGCAACUGGGUCUCCAGAGCACCUUCCCUAAGGCUCUGUGCUGGGGACACUGAACCAGGGGGAUACCUUCCUCUCCCCACCCCCACUACUUGGACAUCCAGGGGAGUGGAGAGUAUAACCCCUUCCCCAGAUUCCAGAAUCUUUGUACCUUGUGCCUUGCCUCUCAGGCCCUGGCACAGUAGCUGGCCACGUGGGGGUGUGUAAGAGGCCUCUGCCUCUCUCAAGAGGGGCAUGUGGGGAGAUGACCCCUUCACACUCCUUUCCCGCUGAGGACUCUAGCAGCAUGGCUGAGACUGAGUGAUGACAGGCCUGUGCUCCUUAAUUUCAGAUGCUUAAGAGGCUUCCCUGGUAUCAGUUUAACAUGGGUCAGUGAGGAGCUCUCCCGGCCUCAAUCUCCAUCGUUAGGGUCUCCACAGAAGAACACUGAAGUCUUCCAGAAACCUAGAGGAGCUAGGCUAGAUAUUCUGAGAUAAGCCCUGUCUGUGUCACCUGCCCCUCCACCCCCAGAUUAAUACUACCCCUCACUCUUGGGUUGGAUGCUGUGGGAACUAUAGCCUAUCACUUGCGAUUUCUUUGCCUACUUUCCCUGGGCGGGGGCUGCCACAACCCCCUGCUGAGGGAUCUCUGAGAGGGCAGGUGCCCAUCCCAUAGGCUCUAUCCUAGAUCAUGAGCCAGGUGGAGCUCACCUGUCUGGCCUAUUGGGUUCUUCACAGUAGCCAGCACCCCUCAUGCCCCCGCCUGCCCACUGUUCUCAAUAAAGUGUGAGUGGUGACAGGC